AUCCCUGGAAAUGAUAUAGAUGUCUACUUACAGUCCUUGAUCAAUGAGUUGAAGCUGUUGUGGGUUGGUGUUGAAACGUACGAUGCUUAUAAGAAAAAAACUUUCAGGAUGUAUACUGCGUUAAUGUGGACAAUCAGUGAUUUUUCAGGUUUGGGCAACUUGUCCGGGUGGAACACGUACGGUGGGAGAGCUUGUCCUGCGUGAAAUUUAGAUGCUGAGACUAACCGGCUUAGACACAGUCAAAAAUGGUGUUUCAUUGGUCAUCGUUGCUUUCUGAAUCCUAACCACAGAUAUAGAUGGGACCGGGAUAGAUUUGAUGGAAAGAUAGAGGAUAGAGGUCCACCUGUCAAACUCUCUUGUGGAGACAUUGUGAGACAACUAUAGGAUGUGCAUGUCCACCUUGGUAAGGUGCAAUCAGUUACUGGGAAAAGGACACGCGGACAACAAACUGCCGUACAAGAUGAGUCUCUUUGGAAGAAAAGGAGUAUAUUCUUUGAGCUCCCAUAUUGGGAAAACAAUGGAUUGCGUCACAAUCUUGAUGUGAUACACAUGGAGAAGAAUGUGUGCGACAACAUAGUUUUCACCAUAUUGAAUGAGAAAGGUAAAUCUAAAGACCACUUUAAGGUAAGGAAAGACCUCCAAUUGAUAGGAAUCAAGCAUGCUCUGUGGCCCUGGCACGAUGAAAAGUACCCAUCUGCCAUCUUUACUAUGACCAAUCCACAUAAGGAUGUCUUUUUAAGGACUAUCAAGAAUGUGGUCUUUCUAGAUGGGUACUCUAGCAACAUUUCUCGCUGUGUUGACUUAAGACAGCACAAGUUUUUGGGCUUGAAAAGCCAUGACUGUCACAUUCUAAUGGAGUACAUACUUCCAAUUGCGUUAAGGAAUGCUUUGCCUGCCCUAGUGUCCUUUGUCUUGGCCGAGCUAUCAUCCUUUUUUCGCCGAAUAUGCAGCAAAUCCAUUGACCCUAAACAACUACCUUUCCUUCAGGAUCAUGUGGUCCAUACUCUGUGCCGCAUAAAGAUGAUUUUUCCCCUUUCUUUCUUUACCGUCAUGGUUCACUUGACAGUGCAUCUUGUCGAGGAGGUGCAACUAGGUGGCCCAGUGCAUUAUCGGUGGAUGUACCUAAUUGAAAGGUACCUAUGUUGUCUCAAGCAGUACGUGCGUAAUAGAGCACGACCAGAGGGCUCAAUUGCUGAAGGAUACUUAUCUGAAGAGAUUCUCAUAUUCUGUUCAAGAUACCUCGAUAACGUCGAUAUUAGGAUCAAUCGACCAAUGCCUGUUGCCGACCGACUGUGUGAACCUAUGGAUAGUGAAGACCCAGGGGUAGAAAACGCUGUGGGGGCUGCUUCGUUUUACGCUCUCACACCAGCUGAAAAAUUUCAAGCUCACCGUCAUGUCUUGGUUAAUUCUCCGGCUGUGGAAAAGUUCAUAGAUGCUUUCAGGGCCAUCAAAAAAAGGAAGUUGCGAAGCAAGACAAGGUCCCAAUCUCAAAUAGACAGUGUUGUGCAUAAAGAAUUUUUCGAGUGGUUCAAGCAUGAGGGAAAUUGGAAGAGAGGGACUUCUUUCUUUGCGGCACUAGCAUAUGGUUUUCCAAGGCGAUGGUUCAGGCAUCUCCAUUCUCAUCGCUUGAGCACGCAAUAUUGUUUGCAAGGGACUUAUGGUUUAACAAGUCGCUUAUUCAAUCUUGGCUGAAUGUAUUCUCUGCACAGCUGCACAUAGAUGAGGCUGGAAUUGGAGCAAUUCAGAAGAAAGUACCGCAGAAAAUUUGGCUUUGUGUUCAUAAUAAGUACAGACAAGAAGCUGUCGCACCAAAUACUAUAGGAGGUGAAGACACGCUAUGAGAAUUCUCUUUCUAUAGAAUUUGAUAUUACAUCUCGGGAGAAAUUCAUUCCUAUAGAGAGAAAGCUUGCACGACUUUGGAAGCGUUUAUCUUGAGAGACUCCAGAAGAAACAGGGGAGGUGAUUCAAGACUCGAUGCAGGAAGAAGAUGUUAUGAAAGAUGAUAGCUCCGAGGAGGUUAUUUCUACUGUAAACAAUGCUCCAAUGCUUACUCUUGACAUCAAUAAAACACAAGAAGAAAAUAGGGUCUUUUGAGGCAUGUUGUUUGGAGUUAUUAUUUUGAUAUUGUUAGAUACAUCUGAAUUUUUACAGACAUUUAGUGGAUCUGGUUAUUGAAAAAUUGGCAUGUAAUUAAUACACUUGGCUUGAAUGAUGUGUCUCUUUAAUUUAUAUGAACUUAAUGAAGUAGCCAUGAACACGUUCGAGAUUGAUCUUAUGUUGAUUUCAUAUAUCCCAGAUAAUCUUUUAUGAC